AAUCCCGUUGCCAGAGCCUGAAUGGGGUGUGCCUCCGGAGAACAGGCCCGGGCCAGGGGCGGGGUUCCGAGGUUCCGGAACCAAUCAGGGUGUUGGGGCUUGAGGAGGCAGUCGGCUGCGGCCAAUCGCCCCGUGGUCCUGCGUGGGCCUUGGGGCGUGGUCCAUCCGGGGGCGGGCACGGGUUCCAGGCGGCCCAGGGGCGUGGCCGGGCCUGGACCGCCGCUGGGGCCAUGUCCGCGCCGCCGCCCCUACAGAUCCGCGAGGCGAACGCGCACCUGGCGGCCGUACACCGGCGCGCCGCGGAGCUGGAGGCGCGGCUGAACGCGGCGGAGCGCACGGUGCGCUCCCAGGCCGAGCGCCUGGCCCACCACGACGAGCAGCUGCGCGCUGCCCUGGACGAACUGGGCCGCGCCAAGGACCGUGAGAUCGCCGCACUGCAGGAGCAGCUGCUGACCUCCGAGGCCACUGUCCACAGCCUGCAGGCGGCCGUGCACCAGAGGGACAAGCUCAUCAGGCAGCUGCAGCCCCGGGCCGAGCUGCUGCAGGACAUAUGCCGCCAGCGACCACCCCUGGUUGGGCUGCUGGCAGCCCUUGCUGAGGCCGAGCGCCUGGGUCCCCUGCCAGCCAGUGACCUUGGUGCGCCCAGUUUGCUCCUUGCCAACAACACUGAGGAGGAAGGGGACAGGGACCACCUCCAGCCAGCAGUGUUUGGGACCACUGUGUGAGCCCCAGAGCACAGAUUCCAGAAUGGAGACAGAGGGUGCCUGUGGAGACUUUUCCACUGCUGUGGGGGUACUCAAGGGUGGGGGUGUCACCAGUGUCCCGGGGGGAACCCCAUGGCAGAGCCAUAGUAUUUUCCAAGCAUCAGACCUGCUAAAAAGUCAAAUGGUCAGCCUGCAGGCAAAUGAAAAUGUUUAGCCCCAAUUUUUUUAAAAACAAAACCUUGAAUCAGUUAUCCUUAUUGAAAAAUUGGCAACAUUUACACACAAAAACCUGGAUUUCUGGUUUUAGACUUGCCCAUGCCUGCCUGGAACUGAACCCAGAAUACCCUCGUUAGCCACAGUGUGAGUUUUUUAAUUGGCCCCUUCACCUCUCUUGGGCCAGAUGUCCAGGCCCCGAAGCAUGAGUUUGAGACCUCUGGUGGAGGCAGAUGGCAUCAAGUUCCACAUUAUUAGAUUGUUUCUUCUCCUCUUUUCCCUGUCCAGAUUUUCUUUCAUUCUGAAGCAUCCUUCAUCCCAGGAUAGAGCUUUUUCUUACUCCAUCUCAAACCAGAAUUAUUUUUAUUAUUUUCCAACUCAAGGACAUACCUACUGAUGUUCUAGAGAGAGGAGAAGGGAGACAGCAAAAUACCAAUGUGAGAGAAAAACAUCAAUCGGUUUUCCCGUACGCACCCUACUGGGGAUCGAACCCACAACCUAGGUAUGUGCUGAGGGGAAUUAAACCCGCAACUUUUUGGUGCAUGGGACAACGCUCUAGUCGAGCCACAUGGCCCCCAGACUAGAAUUAAGAACUUCACGCUUCAUGCUGUUUUGUAUUAUUUUGAAGACAAAUCCUAGACAUCCCUCCUCCCCCCCAACUCUGUCCUUCCCUCAACCGUUAACUCAGAAGGCAGUGCGUGUGGGGCACGUGCGAUGCUGGCAGCCAGGCUGUGCUGUCCUAGAAAACUCAGGCCUCCCUUAACCUUUUCUUGAUAACGUGCUGCCUCGAGGCCUUUACACUGGCCGCUCCCUCUGCCUAGAGUGCUCUUCCCCCAGUGUCCCAUGACAGGUUCCUUGUCACUUAGGUCUUUGCUCAGAUUUCACCUCAGAAAGGCCUUCCCUGACUACCUGAAGUAAUUCCUCCCCUCCCCCUGCCAUUACUAUUGCAUUUCUUUUUUCUUUAAAAAUAUAUUUUUAUUGAUUUCAGAGAGGAAGGAAGAGGGAGAG